UGAGGCAAGGCAUUCUGGGAUAAAGAAGGUUGUCGUAGUUGUGAGAAGUCGUUGGACGUGAGAUGAAUUUUCUUGCCCACAAUUUUUCAGAUAUCAUUUUGAAAAAGUAACAGUGGGCAGUAACAUUGCCAGCAAACUUACACUGAAAUCGUGUGAGUGCAGAAGCCAUUGAGAAAAAUGGGCGCCGAUAAAAGGAUUAGUCGGACAGAACGUAGCGGUAGAUAUGGUUCUGACCAGUCCCGUGACGAAUCAGAUUGGCGUGACAGACGGGAGAGGGACCUGGAGCGCGAUCACAACAUGCGCCGCUGGGGUGAAGACAGACGUAAUGACCGUUAUGAAGGAGAUCGUCGAGGAUCAAGAGACAGUCCAGAGCAAAGAGAGAGGAAACGACGCAACAGUGAUAGAUCAGAAGAUGGUUAUCAUUCAGAUGGUGACUACCCAGAGCAGGAUUACAGAAGAGAGCCAGGAGAGGAGAAGAAAAGCAAGACUAUCAUGCUCGGGGGUCUGUCUCCUCAUGUCACUGAGGAUGAUAUUCGUUUUGCCAUAGACCAAUUGGAAGGACCCCAGCCAGUGGAUGUCAGGCUGAUGAUAAAGAAAAAAGGUAUAAGCCGUGGUUUCGCCUUCGUGGACUUUUAUCACUUGCAAGAUGCUACCCGAUGGAUGGAGACCAAUCAGAAACGUCUAACCAUCCAAGGCAAAAGUGUGGACAUGCACUACAGUCACCCAAGGAACAAGUAUGAAGACUGGCUCUGUGGCACUUGUGGCCUGUACAAUUUCCGGAGGAGGCUGAAGUGCUUCAGGUGUGGAGCAGCCAAAGCCGAGUGUGAAGCAAGCGGUAACUCUGGAGUCGCUGAAACUCAACCCAGUGGAGAUUUCUAUGGCGACACAAUCAUCCUGAGAAAUAUUGCUCCUUUGACCACUGUGGAAGCCAUCAUGGCAGCCCUGGCACCAUAUGCUAAUCUUUCAUCUAACAACAUUCGCCUCAUCAAAGACAAGCAGACAGGCCAGAAUAGAGGUUUUGCCUUUGUACAGCUGUCCUCUCCUCUGGAGGCCUCUCAGCUGCUGACCAUCUUACAGGGACUGCAGCCUCCUCUGAAACUGGAUGGAAAAACAAUUGGGGUGGAUUAUGCUAAGAGCGCCAGAAAGGACCUAUUACUACCUGAUGGGAAUCGUGUCAGUGCCUUUUCUGUGGCCAGCACAGCCAUCGCUGCAGCCCAGUGGUCCUCGAGUCAGCCACAGCAAAGCUCAGAGGGAAUGUCAGAGUACAGCUACCUGCAAGAAGGCUACACUCCACUCUCACAGGAUUACCAGACGUACUACCAACAAGGAGCAGGAGCCAGCACAUCUCAGGGAAAUGGCAUUCUGGGAGCUGCUCCAGGUGUAAAGAUUGUUCCAACUGCAGUUGGAGUCGUAAUAUCACAGAAUGCCCAAGUCUACCAACCUCAUAUCAUUGCACAGCCUGCUGUGCAGGCAUUGCCACUUGCCCAACAACUGGAGGCAAAACCCCAAACAGGACACCUUUCAGGCAUUGAAGCUGCGUCUGUUUCAGCUGUCGCUGUAGCUGCUGCUACUGUUAAUGCUGGCAGUACGUUAGCAGCCUCUGGACAGACAGGGGACACCAGCGCUGGUGUUCCUGAUACAUCCAGCUAUCAGUAUGAUGAGUCAUCUGGCUACUAUUAUGAUCCUCAAACGGGCCUCUACUAUGACCCAAAUACACAUUAUUACUACAAUUCUCAGACCCAGCAGUAUCUAUACUGGGACAGUGAGAAGCAGACAUACGUACCCGCCCCAACCAAUGCCAACACCGGACAAAAUGAUGGCACAGGUGGCUCUGCACCCACGGGCAGUAAAGAACCUAAAGAAGGAAAAGAGAAAAAGGAGAAGCCCAAAAGCAAGACUGCUCAGCAGAUUGCUAAAGACAUGGAACGCUGGGCCAAAAGUCUCAACAAGCAAAAAGAGAAUUUCAAGAGUAGCUUUCAGCCCAUUAGUCAAGAAGAGAGGAAGGAGGCAGCCGCUGCUGAUGCUGGAUACACACUGUUUGAAAAGAAGCAGGCAAGUCUAGAAAGACUAAUGCCAGAGGUGCUACGGAUCCCUGAAGAGGAGACACCAACCACCUCAGCCACUACCUCCAAGUGUGGCCUUGUGGCAGCCUACAGUGGAGACAGUGAUCCUGAAGAGGGAGGAGCAGAACUUGAUGGUGAGGGAGGCCAGGACAAGUUGACAGACUGGAAAAAGUUGGCUUGCUUGCUGUGUAGGAGACAGUUUCCCAAUAAAGAGAGUCUGAUUCGACAUCAGCAGCUCUCUGACCUUCAUAAGAAAAACCUGGAAGUUCUCCGCAGAUCUAAAUUGACUGAAGCAGAGCUGGAGGAGUUGGAGAGAAAAGAAACUGAGAUGAAAUACAGGGACAGAGCAGCUGAGAGGAGAGAAAAAUAUGGCAUCCCAGAACCUCCAGCACCUAAGAAGAAGAAAUUUAGCCAACCAACACCAGUCAUAAACUAUGAACAGCCAACUAAAGAUGGCCUUAAUAGUGACAAUAUUGGGAACAAAAUGCUGCAGGCCAUGGGAUGGAAGGAGGGAAAAGGUCUUGGUCGCAACCAGCAGGGCAUCACUACACCUAUUGAGGCACAGUUGAGAACAAAGGGAGCUGGUCUUGGCACUAAAGGCACCAACUACACCCUCUCAGCUUCAGACACAUACAAAGAUGCAGUCCGCAAAGCCAUGUUUGCUCGCUUCACUGAGCUGGAAUGAGUCAUUAGUCUUUGGCUAAAGUGAUUUCUUAUAAUGACCCGUCGAUGAUCUGUGUCUGCAUCUAGGAAAGCAAAAACGACUCUUCUAAUAAUUUCAGUCUAUGUAUGAUCUGAUGAUUAUACCUCUUGCCAUAAACCAGAUAACAGAAGAAAAUCUGUAGUAAUGGCAUAGUGAGAUAGAUAAUGAUAUAAUUUAUAAUUUGUACAUAUGCACAGUCAAUUUACUUUCCUGGUUUACAUAUUUCUUUUAUAGUUUUAUGGUAAUGAUUUUUUGUCUCAGCAUGAUAAAAAGAUUGUACAGUUUAUACAAAAUCUCGUCUAUUUGUACAGAAAAUAAAUGACGUGCAACAUGA